AUGAAGAAGGGGGUGACGGUGGUCGAGGAGGAGGCAAGCCCAAUACCACCAACAUUGCUGGCAGCCGUUGAAUCUGGGAAGGAUCCUGAAGAGGAGGCUACGCGAACAAGCCAUGCCGACACGUUGGAGAAGGGUGACGAGGAACCGCCUCGUCAGAGCCAACUCUUCAGUGGGGUGUUGAGGCGGCGGACACUGAACAAGUUUCGGAGCUGGCUCGGCAACUUUGUGACCCAGAAGAGCUUUGGGCCGGGCCUCUUGGAGGCCAUGGACGGAGGUUCUUCUGAGGAGGAGGAAAACACCGAUCAGAAGGCGGCUGUCAACGACAUUUGGGCACUGAAAAACCACUUCCUGGCGGCGUACCUGAACGGCGAGUUGGACAUCCUGGACAGGUGCCUGCAGGCCUGCGUGGACAAGCACGGUAAGGGUGCCUACCUUGCCAUCGCCAAGGAGCCCGGUGAGCUUACUUUGGAGGAAUGGCUGCAGAUGUAUUCAGCUCCAAAGAUGAUGAGGAAGCUGCAG